CUCACCUCCUCACCUUCGAUACGGAGUACUUAAACGCCUGUCUUCCAGGACUUCUCCAGUCUUCCGUGCGAUGUGACAGUCUCUCCUCCUCGUAAAACACCAUCAGUGGCGUUCUACAACCCAGCUCACACAUAAUGAAGGUACCGACAGAGCUCCCCCUCCGGAUCCUGACCCACAACAUCCGAUAUGCAACCUCGUCGCCCUUCAAAGGCGAACUGCCCUGGGAAAACCGGGUGCAUCCCCUCCUGAGCGAGCUGCGCUAUAACACGCGCAGCCAGGAGGCCUUCAUCUGUCUGCAGGAAGUGCUGCACAACCAGCUAGACGACAUCCUCACGGGGCUCAACUCCAAAGAGCACACCUCCAACGCCAACCACACGUGGGACUAUAUCGGGGUUGGCCGCGACGACGGCCACCAAGCAGGCGAAUACUCGCCCAUCUUCUACCAGCCCUCGAUCUGGCAGCUCCGGCACUGGGAAACGGUCUGGCUCUCCGAGACGCCCACCAUGCCAUCCAAGAGCUGGGACGCGGCCUCGAUCCGUAUCGUGACGGUAGGCGUGUUCACCCACCGCGCCAGCCGCCAGACGGUCCUCGCGAUGAACACGCACCUCGAUGACCAGGGCUCUCGGUCCCGGUUCGAAGCCGCCAACAUCAUCCUCGGCAAGGUCGAGGAGUACCGCGCCGGAGCCGCCUUCGGCUGCAUGAUCUCCGCCGUGUUCCUGGCCGGCGACUUCAAUAGUCAGGACGAGCAGGAGGCGUAUACCGUGCUGACGGCCCCCGAGUCACCCCUGGCGGACGCUGCGCGCUUGGUCCCUCCCUCCCAGCAUUACGGCAACUACAUGACAUGGACCGGGUUUGGCCACGAGGGGCAGGACCCCUCGCGCAUCGACUACAUCCUGCUCGAGUCCACGGCUGACAAGGUUCUCAGCCGUGGUCGUCAGCCUUGGAAGGUCCUGGGGUAUGCGGUUCUCCCGAACCGCUUUGAUGAUGGGGUUUUUAACUCGGACCACCGCGCCGUGGUUAUCGAUGUGUUGUUGCGCGAUUAGACGGUUGGUUCGUUUGUUGGUUAGCUUAGUCGUAACCUGUCUAUGUGGUAAAUGACCCAAUUUGUUCCAAGUCAAGGUUGCUUCUGUAGUGAGAGCCAUCCCAUGCUGGUGUUGGUGCAGCUUUGAUAGACCUGGAAGGUGGAUAGUAU